CUGUAGCGAAUAAUUGGCGCCGUCAGCACCAGCUGCGUGUAAGCUAGCAUCCCUGGUGGAAGUGAACCGUGUCCCGUUUUUCCGCAUCGUCGCCGUCGGGGACUGAAAAACUGGACUUUAUGGUCUGCCUGGAUGCUCUUUUGUUCUGUUUUUGUGCUGAAAGUUAGCGAGGGCGCGCGCCCUUUUGUUAGCUGCUAAAAGGAGUCCCGCCGCCGGGAAUUGCUGCAGCUGCAGUCAGAACUUUGAAGUCACGUGAUCUCCGUUUAUUUCAUUUUAAAAUCAACUGGUAAAAACUCAGAAAUAAAGUUUAAUUCAAGCAAACCAUUAACAGAUGUUAAGUUUGGUGUCAUUUUUGCUCUGGACGUCACCCGGUACCUACAGGCAAAGUUCAAAAGUGGAACAUUUGUAAGUAUUUUCCCGCAAAAAAAACCCAACAAACUCUUAUCACGCCCAUUUGAGGAAGCCACCCUAAAGUCAGAGGACGCAGUGUGAUUACGUCAUUCCUGGACGAACGUGGUGGUACUCCUAAGAGCUCCAGAUACUCCUCCUUUCCAAAGGACUCUGAGGGGGAGCUGGCCUCCUUCCCUGGGGGAGUCAUGUCCCGCCGCAGCCUGCCGCUAAACGAAAGUCUUCUUGAUGGCGCUCUCACAAGCGGCCUAAACGUGGGAAGGGGAAGAAGCUGGAGCAGGCUUCAGAGGUCUGCACCUGUUCAGCGUCACUCUGCUUCGUGCUCCGAGUCGCUCCUCCUUGGCUCUCCUCGAAGGCACACACGGCAGCCGGUCCACAACAGCAGCCUCCACAGCAUGGUGACCGACACCUCUCUGAUGUCCUCCCUCCUGGAGGAGUCCUCCAUCCAAGACAGCACCAUGAUCAACACCAUGUGGGGUCUGGACCAGGAUGGGGAUCCCACAGAGAAUUCCAUGUCGGAGGAGACCUGCAGCAGACAGCGGACUCAGCGGUGCAGCAAGCUUUUCUGCAGAGAAUGCAUCUCUCAGCCUGCAGCCAGGCCCUGCCCAACGGCUGCUACUCUACAUCCAGAACCUUCCGCCGUCUGCCAGGACAGAAACCGGGGAAGCUGCACAGGUAACGACUGUAAGAAGAAGCAGCUCUCACAGAUGCUAGCUCCUUCCUCCUACUCACCCUCCUCUUCCAGCUGGUCCUCCCUGGCAGUGUGUGUGUUGGGCCUCGUGUACAACACCGCCGUUCGUUCAGCCCGGGUUCUCCUCCGACUGUCUCUGCAAGCUGCUGCAGCUCUGUGGCCUCUCAUCAUGACCGCCUCCUCUGCUCCUGUCAGAGCUGGAAGCUUUGCAGCUCACCAGUGCAGAGGGCUCUGCAGACGAUGGAGCCAGCUGACCUCCAGGCUCCACCUCACUCAGUUUUCUUUGACACUGUCCUGGGUUCUGCUGCCUCUGCUGCUUCUCCUCAGUCUGGGGUGGUUCUGUUUUGCCAGUUUCCACUUACUCCUCACAUCUGUGAACAUCUCGGCGUGGACGACGGCGGUGUCAAACACCCAGGAUUCGUCCCUCUCCAACAGCUUCUUUGCCUCUCAGAGCUGGUCAGCAGGAGACGCCUGUGAGGAGCCGAAGGAGGCUGAAGAGGAGCAGCUGCUAGAAGGACCUGCAGAAAGUCCGGCUCAGAAGCUGUCUGACGCUGAGCGGCUCCUCCAUGUGGAGCAGAGCCUGGCCGCUGUGUGGAAGCUGGUGGAAGCCAAAGGCCAGCGGGCAGACCAGCUACAAAGCAAGGUUAGCUGGUACCACUCCCAGCUGCAGCAGCAACCCCCCUCCCAGAGAGAGGUUGAGCUCCGGCUCAAACGGCGGCUGGACCGGGAGCUGAUGCAGCUGCACAGGAAGCUGAAUGAAGAGCGAGAGCUGAGGAAGCAGCAGAAUCGCCUACAGCAGCAGAAGCACACGUCCCGUCUGGACCAGCUGGAGCAGCAGCUGCAGACGCUGGCCUACCAAAUCCAGGAGCUGCAGGCUACACUAGAAACUUCCACCAGAAACCCACCCUCUGCUGCUGUCAGUCUAGGGGGCUCGUCCUUCCAUGAUGCCUUAUUUGCCAAGGUUUCUCAGUUGGAGGUGGCUGUAGGGGACAUUUUCCGGGACAUGGCACAUGUGUCCAAACGUUGGGAUGGCUGCCAACAGCUGGACAAGAUCCAGCAGAUGAUUUCAAAGCAGGUUUCUAAGCUGGUUGGAGAGGAGGUCCGGGCUCUGGUUUCUGGUAACCAGCUGACGUAUAGGGGCGAUGCUGUGACCCUCCCAGAGGUGCUGCUCACGUGGUUGUCCCAGCAGUUUGUCAGCAGCACCCAUCUUGAAGCGGCGCUGCUGUCUCUGGAGCUCAGCAUUCUGCAGAACGUCAGCCUGCAGCUGCAGCAGUUUGAGGAGAUGGUGGGCGGAGCUGCUCCUCCGGGUGGAGGACGCCCUGUGACCAAGGAGGAUGUCCAGGUGAUGCUGACAGACGCUCUGCGACAGUUUUCCGAGGAUCGGACCGGCAUGGCAGACUACGCUUUAGAAUCUGCAGGGGGCAGCAUCCUGAGCACCCGCUGCUCAGAGACGUAUGAGACCAGAGCGGCUCUGCUCAGCAUGUUCGGUGUGCCGCUCUGGUACUUCUCUCAGUCUCCUCGUACUGUCAUCCAGCCUGAUGUUCAUCCUGGAAACUGCUGGGCUUUCAGAGGCUCCACGGGCUUCCUGGUGAUCCGGCUUUCUAUGAGCAUUCUUCCCACUGCCUUCACGCUGGAGCACAUCCCCAAAGCUCUGACGCCCGGUGGGAUGCUGCUCAGCGCCCCCCGACACUUCAGUGUUUAUGGGCUGACGGCGGAGAAUCAGGAGCACGGUCGGCUGCUUGGCACCUUCACCUACAGGGAGGAUGGAGAAGCUUUGCAGACGUUCCUCGUUACAGAGGAGAACAAAGAGUUCUUCCAAAUCAUUGAGGUCCAGGUUUUGUCUAACUGGGGCCAUCCGGACUACACCUGCAUGUACCGCUUCAGAGUGCAUGGGACCCCCACCAAGGAGCCAGGACUCCACUGACAGCAGCCGAGUUGUUGCAGCAGGAAAACGGUCUUUUUGUUCAGGUUUGCCUUCAGGUUAGGCUUUGUUCUGUCAAGAGCUGCUAAGGAACACGAGCAGCAGAAAGAUGUCAUGGAAGGUUUUUAUCGUUGUGCCUCUGCCUCAUUCAGUUUGGGUCUUUUCAGAAUAAAAGCGUCUCAUACUUUUGGCACAGAGGCCAAGCAAGAACACACAGGAAUUAAACAUUUUUUAAAUUUUGCAAAAAAAACCCUGAACGUUGUAAAUAUUCUUUUGUUUAAAAAUGUUCAAAAAUCUAAUAAAUCUAAUGACCUCUGGUUAAAUAAAUGUUUCUGUUUCUAAAAGCUUCCUGUUCUCAGGUUCUUGUCCGUGUUAAUAUUUUUGUUAAAUAAUUGGUGGAAAUACUUUUGUAUGUGACCUUAGGUGUCUGUUCUAUUCAAGAUGUCAGAUUGCAGUGUAGAAUGUCCAUUGAACUUUUCAAAAUACAAAUUAAAGUGUUCAAUUUCC